CGGAAGCACCGCGCAAAAGUGGGUUUGCGCUGGGGGGAGGGGGAACUAGAAGCUUGUGGGAGGAGCUUGAGCGUUAGCGGCUGUCCCAGUUCUUCCAGCAUUCGUGUCCAAGCCUUUGGUUAUUGUCAUACCGCUGUACAUACGCCGUACUACAGCGACCAGUCGCUCGUUUGUCUGACAGGAGUAGCCGUUCGCGCGAGCGGCACCAGGGAAUGGAAGCGGAGAACGUGGACAGCUGUUCACUGCAGCAAGCUCAAGCUUUUUAUUCAUUGCCAUUUCAACACAUGAUGGCCGAAGCCCCUGAUAUGGAAGUUACGAAUGAACAGCAAAGGUCAGCAGAAGUUCCAGACCCAGCUCCUGCUCAGGAACCUGUCCAAGAGACUCCAAAAGGAAGGAAGCGAAAACCCAGAACAACAGCACCAAAAAAACCAGUGGAACCCAAGAAACCUGCUGAGGCCAAAAAAUCUGCUGAGGCCAAAAAAUCUGCCAAGUCCACCAAAUCAAAAGAAAAGCAAGAAAAAAUUACAGACACGUUUAAAGUGAAAAGGAAAGUUGACCGUUUUAAUGGCGUUUCAGAAGCUGAACUUUUGACCAAGACUCUCCCAGACAUUUUGACCUUCAAUCUGGACAUCGUGAUUAUCGGCAUAAACCCGGGACUGAUGGCUGCUUACAAAGGGCACCAUUACCCUGGACCUGGAAACCAUUUUUGGAAGUGUCUCUUUAUGUCAGGACUGAGUGAGGUCCAGCUGAACCAUAUGGAUGAUCACACGUUACCAGGAAAAUAUGGUAUUGGAUUUACCAAUAUGGUGGAAAGGACGACACCGGGUAGCAAGGAUCUUUCCAGUAAAGAAUUUCGUGAAGGAGGACGUAUUCUAGUGCAGAAAUUACAGAAAUAUCAGCCACGAAUAGCAGUGUUUAAUGGAAAAUGUAUUUAUGAAAUUUUUAGUAAAGAAGUUUUUGGAGUAAAGGUUAAGAACUUAGAAUUUGGACUUCAACCCCAUAAGAUUCCAGACACAGAAACUCUCUGCUAUGUUAUGCCGUCAUCCAGUGCAAGGUGCGCUCAGUUUCCUCGAGCCCAAGACAAAGUUCAUUACUACAUUAAGCUGAAAGACUUAAGAGAUCAGUUGAAAGGCAUUGAACGAAACACAGAUGUUCAAGAGGUGCAAUAUACAUUUGACCUGCAGCUUGCCCAAGAGGAUGCAAAGAAGAUGGCUGUUAAGGAAGAAAAAUAUGAUCCGGGUUAUGAAGCAGCGUAUGGUGGUGUUUAUAGUGAAAAUCUGUGCAAUAGUGAACCUUGCAGUUUCUCUUCAAAUGGGCUGACAGCUGACAGUGGAGAAUCAACUUUCAGUGACAUUCCGAAUGGGCAGUGGAUGAGCCAGUCAUUUGCAGACCAGAUUCCUUCCUUUAAUAAUCACUGUGGGACGCAAGGACAGCAGGAAGGAAACCACGCUUAAGAACAGUGUUUCUCAGCUCUACUCAGAUGCCUCAGUUUUAAUGCAAUUAUCAAGAACUGGCCUUCAGUUUGCUGACUGAAGUAUUUUAUUAGUGUUUUACUCUGGUGAUAUAAUCAUAGUACAGUUGUGUGGUAGAAUCAACUGUAUGAAUCUAUGUAGUUUGGAAGGAAAAAAGUAGGGUUUUUGUAUAUGAGUUUUUGUAUUUGAAUUAACCGUCAUUCCAGCAUUUUAUAAACUGUUUUUCAUUUCUGAAGAAAUUGGUUUUCUUUAGGGAGUCACUUUUAAUCUAAUUUUGAAAUGCUACAGUCUGAAUUUUUAUACUUGAUUUUUAACUGUGCAUAAACUCAGAUGCACCAUUAUUCCUUUUAUGCCUAAGAAGGGCAUGCUAACAAUAAGAAUUACCACCGGUAAAGAGGCAAAUGUGUUGAUUUUCAUAUGUGAAGUUAAGCUUCAGCAGAGUCUCAUUUGGUAGUUUUUAGUGGAGUUUGCUGGGCUCCCUGAGUCAUAGUCAUACUCAGAACUCUUUGCUUUACCAGUGGUGAACAUUUGUGAGCGUUGCUUAGUAGUGCAAAUAUGGAGUGUGGUCUUGCAGCAGCAAGGCUAACCUGGCCUUACCUGACAGGGCAUUGAGCCCUGACUUGGGCCCUCCUCACCCCCUGUGUUAAUCUUCUAGCAGGCAGAAACUAUUCUGCUGGAAUGGUAGGUUCCAGAGAAUGUAGCUGACCUUUUAAAUUUUACUUCAUCUGUGUUUUACUUGAGAGAUAUACAUUUGAUAGGGAAGGAACUGAAUUUCUCAAAAUCAUUGUUCGAAUUUUAUCCUCCUUGGCUUUUAAAGAUGUAACAUGGAAAGUGAUGAGAAAAGAACUUUCAGGCUGAGCAACCAAGAUGCUGGAGGUGUUUGAUAAUCUUAUUUAAACUGGUGCUUUAUGUACAUGAAAUGUACUAAUAUAAACAAUGUUUCUUGCUAGGUAAAUCUAAUAAGCCAAUCAUUUUAAAAAUUCUUUCUCUGCAUCAUUGCUGUUUGUUACUGUGGACUGAGUGAAUCUCAUGGCGAGGCUGGUUUGAAGUAAUGUACCUUUGUGAUUUUCUAAUGCAUUUUCUAUGGUGCUACAAAUAGUCCAGACUACUAGGCCUGGUGGAUAUAAAGCUGGGUACUUGGAAAUGCCAUUUGCAUUUACUCCCGAUAACUUAUACCCAAGGAGCAUGCUUUUCAACAUGAAAAUAUUUAUCAAGUGUGUUUUUUUUCUAAGAUGUUAUAUGGCCUAUUCUUUUUAUAAUAAGAAAAAUCCUUAUUGUGAAUCUUAAGAUGCUUUUUAGCUGUGGCUAUGAUGGAUUUAUUUUUCCUUUAGGUCAAGCUGUGUAAAAGUCAUUCAUGUUAUUUAAAUCAUGUACUGUACUCCUGUUUACACGGAUGUUUUGUGCAGGUGCUUUGAAGAGCCUUACAUCAGGGAUUAGGAACAACUGAAUUAUUUUUUCAUGGGACUAUGUAAAGCAUGUAACUAGGUAUUGCUUUGGUAUAUAAUAAUUUGUAGCCUUACAAUGGAUUUUUUUUUAUUUAAGUGGAGAAAAUACCCUUUAAAUUAUGAUGGACACUCAGUAGAGAAUGGGUCUGAGGAUUUUCCAAGCAUAAAACAAAUAAUGGUGUUUUUCAUUAAAUAUGACAGAUGAGUAGUACAUGUUAAUAUAUCCUAUCUGUGACAAUAUGAGACUUUUUCAUUGAGUAAUUUUGAAAGUUUUAAAAUUCAUUUGAAAGUCUGAUGGUUUUUACAAUAAAAAAAUAUUAAGAAUGAUUA